GUGCCCCCGCCCAGCUUCACGUCGACUCUUUACGUACUACGGCAUCCCAUAAUUCCUUGCGCUAGGAAAUCUUCACGAGAGGACAUUUGUAAGAGGACACAUUCGGAAGUGAGCCAACAAGUCACUAAAUAUGGCCGAUCACAUCGAGGAGAAGAUCAAGAACUACAGGACGGCACCUUUUGACGCCCGCUUCCCCAACACCAACCAGACACGAAACUGCUACCAGAAUUAUCUUGACUUUCACAGGUGUAAUAAGGCCCUGUCCGACAAAGGCCAGGAAACAUCCCCAUGUGACUGGUACCAGAGGGUCUACAAGAGUCUGUGCCCCAUGAGCUGGGUUGAGAGGUGGGAUGGGCAGAUUGAAGAUGGAAACUUCGCUGGAAGGGUCUAACCGGACCAUUUUCCUUCCAUAUAGAGUACCUCAUGAUGUUUUAACCAUGUCUCGCUCUUAAAUCUGUUCAUGUGUGUUAUAAGUGGAAGCCCUUUGACACCAUGUUGGGGCCUCAAACAAUUCUAUAAUAUAUGUCUCCUCACUAACUUUCGUUGGUUACUUAAAUAAAGACGCACAAUUGAACUCA